CGAGCGGGGAAUAAUCCGGAGGAUUAUGCACGCGGGCGCGGCACCCACCCCCCCGCGGCUGCCCUGCAUAUCCCCAGAUAUUCCAUAAAAACCUCAAAUCCCCGGUGGCAGCCCCGCGGUCUGCGCCAGCCAGGCCCUCCCCCGGGGCCAGGCAUGUCCUGCGGCGCGGGGGCAGCCCCCAGCCAUGGGCAACUGCACCAAGACCCCUGAGCGGCGGCUCCCCAAGGAUGGGAAGCCGCACUCGGGCGCUCCAGGCUCCGGCGCAGGGGACCCCGAGGACGUGCUGGACGCGGCGCAGACCCCCCAGAUGCAGGGGUACUCGGUGCUGCAGGGGCUGGUGGGGCCGGCCUGCAUCUUCCUGCGGCAGAGCAUCGCCAUCACCCAACGGGACCGGGAGCUGCGGCCCGAGGAGAUCGAAGAGCUGAAGCAGGCGUUCCGGGAGUUCGACAAGGACCACGACGGCUACAUCAGCUACAAGGACCUGGGCGAGUGCAUGCGGACCAUGGGCUACAUGCCCACCGAGAUGGAGCUCAUCGAGCUGUCCCAGCAGAUCACCGGGGGCAAGGUGGAUUUUGAUGAUUUCGUGGAGCUGAUGGGCCCCAAGAUGCUGGCGGAGACGGCGGAUAUGAUUGGGAUCAAGGAGCUGCGUGACGCCUUCCGUGAGUUUGACACCAAUGGGGACGGACAGAUCAGCAUGGCGGAGCUGCGGGAGGCCAUGCGCAAGCUCCUGGGGCAGCAGCUCAACUAUCGGGAGGUGGAUGAGAUCCUCAAGGACGUGGAUCUCAAUGGCGAUGGCCUGGUGGACUUCGAAGGUAGGAGCAGGGAAGGGGCCAGGAGCGUCCCCACACUCUGGGAUGUUCCCCAUGUGUUUUCCCCCUGCAGAGUUUGUGCGGAUGAUGUCGCGCUGAGGGCUGUGUGUGCCAACGCGGGACCCAAGCCCCCCGUGCCUUACGAAGAGGAGGGGGCCACAGAGGGACACCCAGCUCCAGGGGCCGGGGCAGUGCUGGCGCGACGGUGCCCGUGCCCGGGGUGAGGCCGGGUGCUGGAGCUGCUCCGAUGCUAAAGUCUGACCGUGGUGGGAGGCACCCAGGCCAAAGUCGGGACCCUUUUUGGCACAGGCUCGGCUGAGCUUCGACCGCUCUCACCCUCAUCUGCAUUCUCUCUCCCUGCGUCAUCCCCCUUCCCACCCGGACCUCACCCUAAAACUCACGUCAUCGUGGUCCCCUUUCCUUCAGCUGUGCCCCAUCCCUCCAACUUCUGUUCCCACUCUGUGUGUGCCACACUGAGCCCCUCAGGCUCCCUCCGCACCACGUUUAACAUGGACUGCACAGCAUAACCCUCCCCAUCACCGUGGUUUGAGCUCAGACCUACCCCAGACCUGCCUAGGGUGAGGCAUCCCUCCCAUUUCGGGGCUGGCACAGACCCUCAUGGAUGCUCUGGCCUGCGCCCCCAGCACACGGGAGACUUGGCAGCCAAGCCAGGAGACCCUGGAGGAGAAAUAUAAAGCAUUACAGGGUGGAAGGGCCUCAGUCAGCUGCAGGCAGGGCUGCUGAAGGUACCCUCCCUGCCCUGGCUGCAGUUUUGGGGCCAAUUUUGCCCAUAUGAAAUGAUAAAACUCUCUGUGCAGACUUU